UUGGGCACUCAACUUUUUCAAAUAAAAAACGGUUCUUUUUUUUCAAAUCGUGAUUUCUGCAUGCGAUCAUUUCCCGCUACGGACUAUCAAGAACGCUCUGUCUGAAGAGAAAAUUGGUUUCCCAUCGUUCGUGAUGAUGCUUGCGGAGGAAGGCAUUUCUUCGUUUUUCUUCUUUGAUCAUUGGCGAGUAAGCCAUUGCUUGUGUUUAAUGGACAUAGUUUAAUUCUCCACCGAAUUGGAAGAAAGCCGCGACCCGUAAUUUUCAAGAAUGGCUUGAGAAGGCAUCAAGAAAUGCUCCCCCGAUUACUUUUACAUGAGCGAUUUAUCUCCUUCAAUUCUUCCUUCGAAAACCUCUUCUUCAAGAUAACGCCAUCAAUCCGCAGGUUUUCAUCUUCUUCAGAUGCAGCGCCGGCUCGCCGUGACAUAUUUUGGUGGAACUCAGCCAUCAUGCGUUGCUUCAGAAAUGGCGAGGUUGAGCAUGCAUGCAAGAUGUUCGAGGAAAUGCCUCACAGGAAUAUUGUGACAUGGAAUUGUAUGAUUACUGGGUAUGUGAAGAACUUUAGGUUGGUGGAUGCACAGUCUAUUUUUGAUUUGAUGCCGCAUAGGAAUGUUGUUUCUUAUGCUGCUUUGAUGACUGGUUAUCUGCAAGAUGGUCGAGUAGAGGAAGCACGCAAUCUGUUUGAUAAUAUUCCUGAAAGAAAUGUUGUCUGCUGGAAUUCAUUGAUUUCUGGGUAUAUCAGCAAUGGGAGGAUCAGAGAGGCUAGGAAACUCUUUGACAAUAUGCCAUCAAGGAAUAGUGUAUCCUGGUGCAUAAUGGUUUCAGGUUAUAUUCACCAAAAGAAGUUGGAUCAAGCUUUCAAUUUAUUCAAGCAAUCACCUUUUCACCCUACUACUCUUUGCAAUGCUCUACUGUCAGGAUAUAUUGAUCUUGGAUGCCUCAAGGAAGCAGAGUAUUUGUUUGCAAGAAUGGAAUCGAGAGAUGCCGUAUCUUGGAAUUCCAUGAUCACCUGCUAUUCAAGAGCUGGAAAUAUGGAACUGGCUCAACAACUGUUCAAUGAGAUGCCAGAAAAGGAUGUUAUUUCAUGGACUGCUAUAAUCCGCGGUCACUUACAGAAUGGAAAUGUCAACCAUGCAUCAAGAUUAUUUGAAGAGAUGCCUAGCCGCGAUGUCAUGUCCUGGAACACGAUGGUGGGUGGAUUUGUUCAGAAUGGCUUGCUCGAUGAUGCGCUUAAUUUGUUUGAUAAGAUGCCUAAUAGGGAUAUAGUGUCAUGGAAUACAAUUUUGCAAGGCUUUGUUCAUAACAAUGAUGUGGUUAAUGCAAGGAGAUGGUUUGAAAACAUGCCACAAAGGAGUGAAACCUCUUGGAAUACAUUGAUUUCUGGAUAUCAAACUAUAGAGGCUCUUGGUUUAUUUUGUGAUAUGGUGAAGGAAGGAUUCAAGCCUGACCAAGUGACACUAGUGAUAGUAAUUUCAGUAUGUGGCUCUCUAGUUGCUCUUGGAUGGGGACGAAUGCUUCAUCUAUAUGUCAUUAGAGCUGGUUAUGAACAUGAUAUAUUAGUAACAAGUUCAUUGAUUUCCAUGUACUCAAGGUGUGGCUUUGUUGAGGAUUCUAGUAAUGUGUUUCAUAGCAUGUCGAAGCGAGACACAAUUGCUUGGAAUGCCAUGAUUUCAACUUAUGCUUACCAUGGAUUUGCUAAGGAAGCCAUUGAACUUUAUAAAAAGAUGAUUCAGAGUAACUUUCAUCCAGACCAUGCUACAUUUCUGAAUCUGCUGUUGGCUUGUUCUCAUAAGGGGCUAAUUGAUGAAGGAUUUAGGUACUUUAUCUCCAUGAAAGAGGAAUGGAAGCUUGCUCCGAGAGCUGAGCAUUAUUCGUGUCUUGUGGAUCUCCUUGGAAGACAUGGAUUCAUUGACCAGGCUUACAAACUCACAGAGAAAGUGCCUGAAGAUGUUCAGACAAAUUCAUGGGAAACUUUACUGAGUGCAUGCCAAGUUCAUCAGCAUCUGGAAGUUGGAGAGCUCACAGCAAAAAGAGUUUUUGAUAAGAAGCAUUCUGAUGGAGGAAUGCAUGUAUUGUUAUCGAAUAUUUAUGCUGCUAAGGGGAAGUGGAGUGAAGCAUCACAGAUCAGAGCACUGAUGAGAGAACAAGGAUUGAAGAAAGAAACUGGAUGCACUUGGAUUGAGGUAAAGGGAAAGAUUUUUUAUUUUGUGUCUAAUGAUAGAUCUCAUCCUCAAGUUGAACAGAUUUGCAGGGAAUUAGACUCUAUUUUCUUCAUGUUGGAGGGGAUUUGCUGAUGUGAAUAUACCUGAACAGGCAAUCAACAUCAUCAUCCACACUCUUAUUCCUGACUAUCUAGGGUUGGAUAAUUCAAUAUUCAAGUUUGUCAA